AUGGAAAAGCAAUCGAAGAUAGAAAGUGGAAAAUCGAAUAAGUCUGAAAAGCAGAAGAACUAUGUGGAUGAGCUGAAAAUGGUGUCUACAAUUUUUCAGAACAAAAAUUUAGAUACCUUUGCAUCUAAUUCCACAAUUGACGAAAAUAAAAUUAUGAAUGCCAAUGAGUUAUGUAACCUUUAUUUAGAUAAGAAUAUUGAUAAGGGAAGUAACAAGCUCAUGAUAGAUGCUCAUAUGAUAGAUGCACAUCUGGCAGAGGGGAAUACACAAUCAAAAGACAUGUGCCUUCCAGGUAUCGUGAAGAAUAAUUCUAUGAUUGAUUUUUUGAAUACACCUAUCAUUAAUGAGAAUGAGAUUGCAGAUGGAGGUGACAAUGGAGAUGGCAAGAUCUAUGACUCGGGAAGGAUCCACAGCUGCAUGAACAUGAAUCAUCAGAUUAAUGUAACGAUCCCUAAUGAGAAUCCAUCGAUCGUGGAGAAUGAUCCCAAUAUGAACAAUUCACAUGGGAAGGAGGUGGAUAAGACAAAUAUUCCCGGCUCUGUGUCUGCCUCUAUUCAUGUUAAUGAUUUGCAUUUUGUACAUAAGAAGAAUCCAAUAAUUGAGCACUGUGUGACAGAUCAUAAAUGGGAUCAGAAUAAUAUAUUGUUUUAUAAAAAUAACCCCAAUUGUGAUAAUCUUAUUGGAGAAGAAAAUGCUUGCAAUAUUAUUAACUGUUCAUGUAAUGGUGAACAAGAAAGUAUCUAUAAAAAUGUAAAUAUCAUGAACAAAUGCAAUAAUGAAAAUGAAUUGAAUGAUAAUUCAGAUAUAAAUAAUACAUGCAAUGAAAAGAUUAUUAAAUUAUAUGUAGAAAAAAUGUUUAACAAUAAUGAAUAUAAUAAGAAUGAAAAGGCAUCAAAUUUGGAAGAUAAUAAAUGUGAUAUUGUUAAUUAUUUUAAAGAAGAUCAUCAUCUUUUAAAGGAUUCUACAUUAUCUAUUCAUCCCUCUGACAGUAACUCUCUUAAUGAUGAUUUAAAAGGCAUAAGAAAUGAUGAAAUAAGAGAAAGAGAACAUGAAGUUACGUCUUCCCUAUACAAUGAUGAAAUAUUUAAGAAAAGUACUAAUCAUAAUCCUAUUGUCUAUGAUGGUAAUAAUUCUAAUGAAGAAAAAAAAAAUGAAGCAUUUAUUAAAAGUAAUGAAAAUUGCAUAAAUAAUUUUAACUAUAAUGUAGAAAACCAUUCAGAAUGUAGAAACAUCACUCUAAAUGAAAAAUCCAAUCAUUUACCUUUAGAAAUAUUGAGUGCAAACAAAUGUGAAGAAGAUAAGAACCCUGAUCAUAUAUUCAAGAAUAUAGCAAUGAAAAUUCAUCAUUAUUUAAAAAAUUAUAGUACAAAGAUGAUGUUUGAAAAUAUGGAAAGUACAAACAACAUAACUUCAGAACAUAUUACGAAUGGGAUCAUAAAUGAAGGAAGGAAUAAUUUAUGUGUACAUUCGAAUGCUCAUAUUGAUAACAAUCCCGUUAAUAUUGGAUACACUUUGUCUAAUUUUUAUACGGAUGAUCAAACAAAUAUGCACAGAAGCGUAAAAAUAUCCGUUCCACUAUUUCUUGUUUACAUUGCUCAUGCUCAUUCAAUGGAAAAUGCAGAUGAUGGCAGUGCUACCUCUGCUUCUGCUACUACUACUACAGGAGCAGCCAUCGCCUCUAUUACAAAUAAUAAGAAUAAAAUUCAUUUGAGAAAGCUGAAAAAAGACAUAUUAAAUGAGAUAAUUUUUGGGUUCACAUACUCAGAUGCAACAAAAUAUGUCGAACAGCUAUUGUGUAAUAUUAAAAAGUGCUACAUAGAAAUAUUAGACUAUUUAAAAGAAUACAAUCCAGAAUGGGUAUGUAACAAGAACGGGGACGACUAUUUUUAUCAUUUCAGAAAAAUAAUGGCUAUUAAUAGUUCUUACAUAGAUGUGAACACAAUUGUCUAUCAUGCAAAUGCUUUUAAAAGGAUGAAGAAAAAAUUUGUAGAAGAUUUCUCCUCUGUCAAAGGACGAAUUCAUAAAAAUGGUUCUGACAGAUACAUCAAAGGGAUAGUUUCUUCUAAAAGAAAUAGGAUUAUUCCCAAUUCUAAUGCAAAUAUGACAUUGUAUAGAAAGAAAAAAAAGGCACCUAAUUCGAAUUUUUACCAAUCUGUAGACCAUUGCGGGUUCUCUGAAUCUAUGCAUCUAUCUAAGAACUGUGUUAGUCGAUCCUUGAAGAGAAAACACAACAUAAGUGUAGAUAAAAAUGUAGCUAGCUACAAACAUAAACAAAUGAAAACUGAAACGACUGAAACGAUCAGCACCGAUGGAAAUUACAUAAAUCAGGAAGCACAAAACAAUGAUAAUUCAUUUCAAAACAGUGAGUCAUAUAUGAAUAAUUCUGAAUAUCCCAUGAACAUGUUGACUGUCAAUGCAUCUGACGACAUGUUUUGCAAGGAGAACAUAAUAGAUGUAGAUGACAAAAUUUAUUAUGCACCCACGGACAUGCGAACCAGCAUCGAAACUGUUAUUAAUGAUAACGUGAAGGUUGAUAAAUGCAAAAAUGAUUUCAAGUUUUACAGCGUGGAUGAGGAACUCCCAGAGCAGUUAGAAGCACAACAGUUGGAAGAAGCACAACAAUUGGAAGUGGCACAAGGCAGAGAUGUCGAACAAGAUGAACAUAAUAUUGACAGUGACAGUAAGGAAAAAUUGGACGUGAGGGAAAUCUGUUCAAAAGAUUACACACUUGUAGAAACCAUCACAAGUGAGAAAAGUAACUCACCAAAAGACACGCACACGAGUGAUCAGUUGUGCUCGAACACUUCUACUGGUGAUACAAAAAUUAUUGAAAUUUUUGAAAAAAAAGAGGAAUUGGCCAAUGAUCUACAAGAGUCAGAGAAAAAUGCACGAACAUUCAUGGCGAAUAGCAUAGAAAAUGGAAAUAUUGUAGAUCAAGAACAUUCAUAUGAUAAUGUAAGCAAUAACGAAACACAGAAGAAGAGAAUAUAUUCCAUUAUCCCCAGUAAUGCAAAUUAUCAAGUACAUAAUAAAGAAAAGGAACAAGGAGAAGAUCAUAUAUCUAGUGCAGAGGAAAGUCAUAAGAAUCCAAAAAACAGUAAUUUCAAUUACGACAAAAUUUUUACUGUAGAAUCCAUGGGAAUGAACAAAAAGGUAAAUAAGGAUAUUUCAAAAGACAAUGAAAUGUGCAGUGUUGAUACAUCUGUUUAUAAUGAUAUUAACCUUUUCAAAGAGAAGAGCAAUAUUUUCUCAAAUAGUAAGUUAAAAUCCAAUGAUAGAAAGACAAAUACAUCUGACAAAUUCUGUUCCGGAGGAACAGAUAAUUUUGCUUCUAAAAUUGGACAUUCUUCAAGCACUGUAGUAAUGGAAAAUGAUAAUGAAACUUCAGGAGUGAUUAAUGUGGAAAAUCAGGUGAAUGGGGUAGAUAGUGUGUAUCAAGUUAACAGCUGUGAUAACCAACAUGACGAUGAUUUUCUGUCUGUAGAUGUUGAAAAUGAUAUAUGUUUAGAAAAUAAGAAAAUAAAUAAAGCUGAUAAGGGAGCUAUGAAGCCAAAUGUUAAGAAUGAAGAAAGUUCUGUGAAGACAGCGAUUAAUUGUCCUGUAUUGCAUCCAAAUAUAAACAAAAAAAAUAAAAAGAUAAAUAAAAUAGAAACUUAUUAUUUAAAUAAAAUUAUGAACAUAUUGUUUUGUAAUGAUAUUUUUAAUUAUGCUGUUAUUUUUAUACCCAUUUUGAAAAAUCUAGGAAUAAUUUCCUCUAUCAGUACAUGCACUUUGAAUAGUAUUAUUUUGAAGCUAAAAAAUUUUAUGUUAAUCGAUAUUGAUAAUUGCAAGAUGCACAGCACAUUCUUUCUUAGACAUCCCAUGCACAUGAAUAUGACGAAUCCCUGUGUUUACAAAUAUUUAUCACAAAAUCCAUAUGUUGUCAAUGCAGAUCAUAAUGAAAAUAUAAAUAUUCAUGGUACACAUCUUAGGAAUGCCAAAUUUAAUGAUAUGUCAGAUAAGCCUUUUCGUUACCUUUUCGAUAUGAUAAGUAAGGGGAAUAAUAAAAAUCCACAAUUUCAUAAAAACUGCUUACGACAGUGUGUACAAGAAAAUUGGAGAAAAAAAAGAAAUCUUAACGGGCCUGAUAACAUUUCUAGCAACAUGUAUGCGAAUAUACCCAAGCCCAAUCUCCUGGGUGAAGAUAAAGAUUCAUUAAUAAAAAACACUUGUCUUAAUAGAGAAGAAAAUUUAUGUAAAAAUCAACUAAUGCAAUGUAUCAGAGAAGUGUUAAUUCAUUAUGGGACUCACAUCAACAAAAGCUUUGAAUUGAAUUCUAAUGAAAAUGCUACCCCUUUGGUAGAAGUAUCAUACGAUGCAAAUAACCAGCAAAAUGUAAACGGAGAAGAAAUUAAUGAUAGAGGCAAGGGUAGUGGUAGAAGUCUGGAAGGGGUUGUAGACAAUAGCUUGAUAGAUGUAAACGAGACAUCUGAAAAGAACAUGCAAAAUUGCCAACAGAAUGGAAAUAAUAACUCGAGAAGCCAGAUUCCAUUAGGGGAUGAGGUCCCUUUGGGUGAGGAAAUUCCAUUGGGUGAGGAAAUCCCUUUGAAUGAUAAUACUACGAGGGUUACAGUACAUUUGAAGAAACAGAAUGGAGAGAAAAAUUCCGAGAAUGAUACAUGUGCUGAUAUGAUUGACAAUGUGCAAGACCGUGUGCAGAAUGAUCAAAGUGGAAACACAAGUGGAGGAAACAACCAAAAUGAAGGUAUUGCGAAUACAAAUGUAAAUGGAAAUAUUUUGAAUAAAGAAAUUUUUUUAAAAUUGUUAAAAUGGUACUUAAUGAAUAAUUCAUCAAGUGUUGAAGAGUUGGAUAAUUGUAAACAUCAUACAAAUUGUCAUUUAUGUCAAUUCGAUAAUGAAAGGCACAUUGGAGGAAGUAGAUUUAAUAAUAUCUACACAAAUCACGAUAAUGUUCUAAAUGAAUAUUUUGAUAAAGAUACCAUGGAUAAACUGUAUAUGAACAGAUGUUACAGUAAUGUAGAAUCAGGCCUACAUAAUGAUGUGAUUGUUUCCUCCAGUUGUGGCAUUUCAUCAAGUGAUAAUGUCAAAGCAUUGCAUAGUACCAUUACUCACUGUGAUUAUCAUGGGAGAAGAAAAUACUGUGGUAAUAUUCAAUCCAAUCAGAACCAUAUGUGCAUAAAUUGUAAUAACAAUCACGACAGUGCACAGGCUUUUAGUUCAGUACUUGCAUCGCAGAAGGUUAACAAUGUCUUUGGUUGGCAAGCUGGAGACAAUAGUAAUUAUGCAAAUGAAAAUAGAAAUUGUGGUUUAAACGCCUUGAGGGAAUGGAAUCAUCUGUAUCGUAAACACAGCUGUGACGUUGCAAAUCACGUGCAGAUAUGUACCGAUAGAAAAUUAAGCAACUGCACAGAUGAAAGUCAUUCCAAGUGCGAAUUCUUAGACAGGAAUCAGGAUGUAAAAUAUUUCAACGAUGUAAUAAGAGCAGAUAUAACAGCGUGCACGAGACCGAUUGGAUUAACCUCAGAGAAUAAUAAUGCUUCUAGAGAUGAAAUCAGUGCUUGUCAAGCUUCCUCUAUUAAUGAUCUUUCCAUGUGUGAAAAUUCCCCCAGUGAGAUUUGCAUGGAUAAGCUAAGAUUUCCAAAUUUUAUAAAUGAAGAAAAUUUGAAAAAUAAAAUAAUUAAUGAUGCAAAUGCAUGUGAUAAUAACAACAAAGGAAUUAUCUCAUGUGGAACAGAUUUAAAGAAAAAUAUAAUGAAUAUAACUAGAAAUAGAAGCAUAAUUUCGGAUGAAGUUCCAAACGAUAAGGUAUUAUCUGAUCAGAAAAUUAUGAGGGAUACGAAUGGUGCACAUUCGUUUAAUCACUCUAUGUGCUACAAGACUAAUGAGAUGCAUGGAAAAGAUAAAAUUUUUAACACCCUCGGUACUGCUGGUGUUAAUGAGAGUACCCAUUGCAUAUUUUGCAGAAUGAAGUAUUUCAUGGAAAAUAAAAUUUACAUGAGGUUCUUUAGCAAUCAUUUGAUGAAGGAUUUAAGCGAUGAUGAUGUUGAAAAGGUUUAUAGGGAGGAACAGCAGCAACUGCAGCAACAGCAAUUGCAGGAGGAACAACCGAAGAACAUUGCGCAGGCACCUUAUGAGGAAAACCUGUUAAGGGUAAAUAAUGACACAUAUUUAGAUACGAAUUUUUCAUAUGAUCAUCCUCCUCUUGAUGUAGAUGCGAAGGAUUCCUGUAGAUGCACCAUUUUUCGAAACACAAAAGAUGGAAUUAAUCAAAUGGGGUUCAAUUCCCUCCCAUGCAUGCACUACAACAAGAGUAACAGCAAUUGUAACAGUAAUUAUAAUACCAAUUAUAAUAUCAAUUGUAACACCAGUUGUAACACCAAUUGUAACAUCAGUUGUAACACCAGUUGUAAUGCCAAUUUGUUGAAAUUAUACUACAUCUAUGAACUGCUGGAAAAAUCGAAAAACGGGUCCGUGGUAGAGGACAAAAUUCUCAAUGAUAUGCAAUAUGGAUUAAGAAAAUAUUUCUCAAAAUUCGAAAAUUUAUUUGGAAAAUCUAAAAUUGGACACCAUCUGGGCUGUGAAAAUAUUAUGAAUGAAAAAGAUUGCGAAGGAGGAGAAAUAUUGGAUAAUAACAAAUAUGUAAGUGAUAGUUAUAGAAAUGUUGGCAAUGAUUUGUAUUUAUUGAAUAACCACUCUGCAAAUUCCAAGCGAGACAGUGUGUGCUUCAUGCCACGUGUUGAGGAAGAAAGUGCAUUACUCUCUUGUUAUGAAAGAGAAAAUGGUGGAAAUUUCGGAAUUAGUAACAUACCUAUCGAUAGGAAUUCUUUGGAGGUAUCCAACGAAAUAGAUACCGAAAUAAACGGAAGAAUUGGAAUUAACUUCCCCAAUGAUGGUGCCGAUUCUGAAGUGUGUAGGGAAAACCUAAGAUACCAAAAGAACCUGUUUUUGAAUGGUGAAGGGGAACAACACAGGAGAGGAGACAACAUAACAUUGAACGAUAACAGUAAUAAGAUUGGAAUAAUAAAAGAAGAUAAAAAAAAGAAUUACUUGUCCUCGUUAUUUAACUCCAUAGUGUACAAAUAUGGUUUUUAUCCAGGAGAUGAUUCGUAUCACAAUGAUGCAGAAAGUAGUGGAGGAGGUAGUGGUAACAUUCAAUUUCGUAUGAAUAGUUAUACAAAUAGAUGCACGGGUUCUAGAAGAAGUAGCAACCUUUGUGAUUAUCUCACGAAUUUUACAUAUUCUAAUUUAAAUGAAAAUUGUAGUGAUAAUGUUAGUCAUAUAGAUGAAUUGGGAAAAUUUCUUUUAGUUCGAGCUGAACCAAGUAACAGUAGACAUAGCAGUGCUAGACGUGCAAGUGUCAGAUGUUCCUAUAAUCAAAAUAAUCAAAAUUGUCAAAAUAAUCAAAAUUGUCAAAAUAAUCAAAAUUAUCAAAAUUAUCAAAAUAAUCAAAAUUAUCAAAAGAAAGAAAGUGGAAGUGUGGUUGGUAUUAGUCGUGUUGGUAGACCAUUUGGAACUGGUAGAUGUACAGGAAAAGGUAGCAGCGGUAGUAAUAGUAACAAUCAUAAUUUCAAUCAUUUCCAUAAAAAUGUAGAAGCAUCAAUGGAUCGUACAAAAUUGAAACAUUGUAACGCAUAUAUGGAAGAAUCAUCCGUAGAUCUAGAUUUACGUGGAAGGAACAAUACAGAUGAUACAAUUUUACAUGGUUAUUUAACAAAGAAGUGUAGGGACGAGAUGAAUGAUCAUGUGGAUAAGAGUCUUUUUAGAGAACAUGAAAGAAAAAGAGGAUUCUUAAAAAAUAUAAAUGAUUCUGAAAAUAUGAUCAGUGAAGAAAUACAAGCAAGUCGCCUCAUAAAUCUGUCUGGAGGUGAAAAGGAAAUUGAAUUCAUGAAAAAUAUGUAUACAGAUCGUAAUGUCGAAGAUGGGCUCGACGAGUAUGAUGAGGAUAAUGACUAUGAGCUUCUGAACCAUAAUCAUAAUAUGAAUGGCAUUAACAAAGGGCUUCGUGUUGGAUGUGAAUUAAGGGAUGGACAAGAAGACACUAAUAAGAAAAAAAAAAUGCAUCUGAAGAAUGUUUACCUCAGUGGCAGGGGAGGAGGAGGAGAAGGGGCUGCAUCUGGCAUUAUCAAAGCUAGCAAAAAUAAAGACAUGAAGAAUGGAAUCAGUGAACAUAGUGAUAACAUGAGCAAUCUUGUUGACUCUAACAAGAUGAAAAUGAAAGAUGAAAGAGGUAAGAAUGUGAAUUUUUUUCUAAAUAAUUUCACUGUGGAAUAUGGACGAGGAAGAAGAAAUAAAGUUAUGAACCAAAAUUAUUCUAAAAAUUAUCAAUUAGAAACGAGAUGUUAUGGAAGAAGAGAAUCAUCUAUUGCUAGUACAUCUGGUUGUGGGACAGGAAUAAAUAUAAGCAACAAUAACAGUGAAGCAAAAUCUACUAAUGGGAAAUCUCCCCUUUUGACAGAUCGAAAUGGAAAAAUGAGUGAUGUAUGUUACAUGAAUAAUAGUAGGACUAGCAAUAAUAAAGAUAGGGCAAAGUUGAAUAAUAAUGAAAGUAUUGCACUCAAUACUGGCAGAGGUAAUAAUCACAAUGGAAAAGGAGCUGGCACUAGGAGAGUUAACAACAAAAUUCGAAGUAAUACAGUUGUGGAUAGUAAUGAAAAUUAUGAGUACAAAAUGUCUGCGUCCGAAUUGAAACCACAAAGAGGUGUCUACUUUGACCGAUCUCAGAAAGCUUGGAUUGGAAGUUGGUAUGAAGAAGGAAAGCAAAUAAAGAGGAGGUUCAAAAUUAAGUACUAUGGUUGGGAUGAGGCUAGAAAUCUAGCUACAAAGGCUAGGUUUGCGUUUGAAAAUAGAACUAAGCAUAUGAAAGGCGCAACAAAGAAGGGAGCAACUGGAUCAAGUGGAGCAGCUAUGGCUACAAAUGGAAAUGCAAACAGUGCAACAUCAAACGGUGCAACGUCAAACGGUAUUGGUUCCAAAAAUGCGAAUACCAAAAAAAAUGCAGGUUCGAAUGCAGAUAUGACUAGCCAAACAUACACACAGGGGAAAAACAGAGGAAACGUGCAUAAUUCUAAUAAUAUAACAGAAAAAGAAGAUAAUGCAAAUCACUUGAAUAAUGGUGAUUUUGAAUGUGGUAGUUAUGUGAAUGGAACAAACAGACGAAUAAUAUCUAGAAGGGGAGGAGGUGCUAGUAGUGGAUCCAUCUUGCGAAUCACAAAUGAUGAUCAAGGUGCAGAUUUGAAUAAUGUUGCACCUACUACAAAACGAGAUGCACAAAGAGGGGUGAUGGUGGUGGAGAGUAGCAAUAAUGGCAAUAAGGGGUCGUGUAAGAUGGGUGGCAUAAAUGAUCAUGCUGGAGAAGAUGAUGAGGAAGAGGAUGGAGAAGAUGAAGAAAGAGUUGAGGAUGAAGAAGAGAAUGACGUUAAAGUAGUACAUGGUGAUGUCUUACAAGUUGAUGAACGAAGAAAAAAAAAAAUAAAUAAUACAAGUACAAAAGGAAAUACAAAUACGAACACAAAUACAAAUAUAAAUACAAAUGCCAAUACUAGUAAUAAGAAUAAUAAUCAUGGAAUUGGCAGCACCCAAGGUGGUAGCAGUAGUACUACUAGCAGUAGUAAUGCCAUUCAUUUGAUGGGUGGAAAAAGAACAGAAAAGGGUUCUUCCUACUCAGAUGGGGCAAAAUACAAUGAUGCAAUAGAAGGUUUAAAUAAGUAUGAUCGAGGAGAAAAAGAAAAAUAUGCACAUAAUCAUGUGGAGUAUGAGGAGGAGGAGGAGGAGGAAUAUUCAUAUGAAAGGAGACGAAAUAGAGGACACACAAAAUAUGACAUAACUAAGAGUGGUGCAGAGCUUAAAGGAAAUUAUGUAUGCAAGAAUGAAAUGAAGCAUGAUAAUUCUUACCUUGGAAAGUAUAAAAAUGAUUAUAAACCUGUGAAUAUUGAUAUCUAUAAUGAAUGGAAUGAGUUCCAUGGAGAAGGAAGGGAUUACAACAUGCUUCCUAUGGCUAAUACUGUAGGAAGGAACAAUAUAAACGGAACCAGAAUCAGACAUAGGAACAUGAAUCCAAGAAACACAGUGAGACGCUAUGGUAGUAAUGAUGAAGAUGAUGAUGAUGAUGAUGAUGGUAAUGGUGAUGGCAAUGGUGAUGGCAAUGGUGAUGGCAAUGGUGAUGGCAAUGGUGAUGGCAAUGAUGAUGGCAAUGGUGAUGGCAAUGAUGAUGAUAAUGAUGAUGGUUAUUAUGCAAGUGGUAUUAUAGAUAAUAAACUUCGUGCAGGUCACUCAAGGAGAGUAGAUGGAUCAAAAAAGAAAAAUGAAAAUGACAAUGAUGUGUACGGAACAUGUGUAAACAAUGGGAAGAGAAAAAUUAAUAAUAAUAAUAACAUCAAUCGAAGUGGAAAUGCUCAUGGGGGCCAACACCAGCAGAGAGAAGAAGUAGAUGAUGAUCAAGAGGAAGAGGAAGAAGUGGACGAAAUGGAAGAAGUAGAAGAAAUGGAAACCAAUGAUGAUGACGCUGAUGAUGAAGUGAAUUACAAGUAUUGUAAUGAACUAAGAAAUACAUGCAGAAAAGAUAGAACGAGAGAUAAUAACACAGGAAAUUCAGAAAACAAGAACAAAAAUGCUUCUGUUAAAUAUACAAAUUCUAAGUCUAUGGAGAAUGUUAUUACGUAUGCAAAAUCGAAUAAUAAAAAAUCCUUGGAAAAUACACUAAUAGACAAUUCUGUAAUUUUGCCUCAAGGUGUUUUUUAUCAGGAUUCUAAAAAAGCAUUCUGUGCCAAUUGGUAUUCCAAUGGAAAACAAGAAAAGAGAUAUUUUUCCAUUAACAAAUUUGGAGAAGAAAGAGCAAGAAAUCUAGCUAUUGCAGCAAGGAAGAAGUUUGAAAAUGUAUAUAAAAAGAAUAACAAUAAUAAUAGUAAUGUGAAUAAGAAAGAUACACAUCAUCAUGGAUGUAAUAUUAUUAUGAAAACAGAAUCAUCUAAUGAUUUUGCCUCUCAUGACACAUAUGCUUCUAGCGUUAUGCAUAAGACCAACAAAGGUAAUACUACUACUAUGCAUGGGGUGAAAUCUGGAUUCACUCAUACAGGGAAGGCUUGUGCACUCGUCAACAACCAUGCUGGGAAGUACAGUUUAAAUAAUUCAGCCAAGGGUACUUUAAAUCACGAGAAUGCAAAUGAUAAUAUUAAAAAGAGACGUAUGAACAACGGAACUAGUACUAAGGAAUUAGUAGGAGCCGUGAGAAGAUCCUCACCAUCUGAGAUGUCCAAUAGUGAUGAUUCUCCUUUUGCACAAAGUGGUUACGUGAAUAACAAAAAUUACAACAUACACAAUGGCAAUAAUAUCUACGACGAAGAUCCAUAUAGAGAAGGUUUGUGUAUGGAAGAUAAUGCAAACCUGGCAUGCACAAGCACGGCAGGGAUCGACCAAGCUGGAAUGAACCCAGAGGGGAUGCAGAAAAGCGUGGUUUCAGAAAACAGCGCGAGCGAAAACACUCGGAUGAAUAUUGUAGAUCCUAAGACUCAGCACUAUGUGAAUAACAACGGACCAAGAGAAAUGAGUAAACUUGUUAGUAAUACUGUUGGGAGUAACAGCACCACAGAUAUGAUGAAUAAUAAUACCAUGGUAGAUUAUGUAAGUACUAACACAAGAACUGGGGAAGGAGACUUAGAAGGUGAUUGCCUCCAACAUCAUACAGAAUUGAGUGUUCCAUCAAAUUGUAUUUCCAGAGGAAGUAUGAUGAGAGUAGUUAAUUUAAAUGACAAGGAAGAUUUAGAAUAUAAUAAAAGUGAGGAAAAUAAUGGAACUAGUAUAGAACAUCCUAUACACAACAGCAAUAGUGCCAGAGGGAGAAGUAAUAACAAUAAUAAUAAUAAUAAUAUCAUUAUUAAGAAAAGCGACACAUGUAUUCAAUCCAAUACAGAUGAACAGAAUUUCGAGAACAUAUUAAAAAACAUGGAAAAGGAAGAAGAAAAUGAUAUGCACCUUUAUUUAUCUUCAAAUGAUAAAGUAAAUAAAGGAUUAACAAAUGAAGAAAAAAAUACAUUCACUCCUCCCAUUUUUGAUCCUACAUCAAAAGAAUUUUCCAAUACAGAUUAUUAUAGUAAUAAACAAGGUACAAAAAAUAUAUACAAUAAAAAUGUCAAAAAAGAAAUUGAUGAUAUAAGUGGUAUGUAUACAAAAUUAGACAAAAUCAAUUCUACUACCCCUGCUGGAGUAUAUAUGAUUAGAAUAAAUGGUGUUGUACAAGCUUGGAGGGCUGAAUGGAGAAGUCCAAGUGGCUGUAAGAGAACCAAGAAUUUUGGUAUCAAUACUUAUGGAAGUAGUUUAAGUAAAAAACUUGCUAUAGAAAUGAGAGCUAAAAUGACCGGAGAAUGUUUAGUUUCUGAUGACGGCACUGUCUUUGAUUACACCAAUGAGAAUCUCACUAAAGAUAAUUAA